AUGCCCAUCACUUUGUCAAACUCAGUGGACACCCACGACCAGGUCGUCUCUCUCCCAAAGAACUGGGUUGUGUGCGAUGGAACAAGCUAUCCUGUCAAAGGGUACGACGACUUGUUCAAGGCCAUUGGGAACGCUAGUGGAGGCGAGAACGGAAGGCUUAAGAUUCCGGACCUUCAAGGCCGCUUCAUCAGAGGUGCGGUCCGCGCACGACUCUACGCGCCUCUCUUCGCCGCCAUCGGUACGACCUGCGGCUACGAGGACGACCAGUCCUUCUUCGUGUCCAAUUUUUCCGGCCAAUACCCGCGCGGCGCCGGCAUUAACAACCGCAGGGAGGACGGGGACCCGGACCGCAACAGUCGGCACUCACGCAACCUCAACGGCACCAGGAAGGGGGCUGAGUCCUACCAGGGCUAUGCCACGGGCAUUCCCAAGAGCACACCCCACCUGGAGAUUGAUUAA